AUGGAUGUUAACGAUGUCGUGAUACGACUUGCUAAUGAAUUAGGUGUUUCGCAGGAUAAACUGAUUGGAAUCGACCACGAAACGACCCUAAUAUUACUUAAGAAAUUAGAAUUAUCAAAUAUUGGUAACAUCCCAGCCACCUACAACACCGAAAAAAGUAUAUCAAUGGAACCUUCACAAAAUAUUUCGAACCAAUUACUAGUAGAGCUCUCGAAAAAUGAUACACCAGAAAAUGCUAUCCAUAGAAAAGAAAACUUUACAGAACAAAACAAAAUAAUAACAGAAUUAAAGGAUCAGACUAUAGAAUUGUCAACGAAUGUUCAAAUACUCGAAGAAGAGAAUGCAUACAAUAGACGCGAACUAUUGAGAAAAGCUGAAGAAAUAUCAUUGUUAAAUACUCAUAAAACAUGGAUGGAAUCCCAAAUAAGAAAGGAUACGAAUGAAUUUAUCGAAUACAAAGAAGUGAAGGAAAACGAGUUAUCGAAAAUGAGCCGUAAGGUUAUUGAUGUAUCAGAUCAGAUCAAACUUUUAUUAUCGACGCAAAAGACACUUCGAUCUAAAAAUGCGGAAUUAUCUUCAAUCGUAGAAACAACGUCUAACGAAUUGAAAUCGGUAAAAGACGACUUGAAAUUGAAAGAAUCUGAAUUCACUAAAGAAAUGAGUGUCUCUGACAAGAUGAAACAAACACUUACAGAGCAACUUCGUAACUGUGAGAAGCAAGUCAAAAAGAACAUCGAAAAUAGCACAGACGCCUUCGAUUCACACGAAAGAGAUAGAUUAAUAAAUGACAUUGCUUUAACCAAAGAGAACCUCAGAGAAUACAAAGAGAAAUGUACCAAUCUCCAGGACAUGAUCGAUUCAUUCAUAGCAAAUGAAGAGAAUGAUUCUGGAAGCGUGCCUUCAACCCAUAAUCAAUCAUUAAAUAUCAACCAUUUAUACCAAGAAAUAGAGUAUCUAAAGAGACAACUUCUUCGAGACAGACAACAGAAGGAGCAUUUGCAGAGACAACUAGAAAUAAUGAUCGCCGAAAUGGAAACAAAAAUGCCUUUAAUAGAAUCGUUCAAGAAGAGAACAGAAGAACUGGAACAUCAAUUACUUGACACGUCCGAUUUAUUGGAGAAAGUAUCCCAUCAAAAAACAGAAAUAUCAAAGGAAUUGAGAAUUAAUAAGAAAAAACAAGAAAACAAGGCUGACAAUAUGAAAUUAUUGAGAAUACAAAGAAAUGACCUCGCAAGACAGGUUCAGUUUCUAUUGGUCGUCGCGACACAUUUUGAAGAUAGUUCGUCAUUGUUUUCUACUGAAGAACUAGGACUCAUAAAAAAGAUAAUCUCAAAUGAAAAUGAAAAUGAUUAUAGUGAUUCUCAAAAAGUUAUAUCUAAUAGGCUAGUUCAGUUUAAAAAUAUUAAGGAGCUCCAACAAAAGAAUAUGGAUUUAUUGAAUUCCAUUAGAGGGUUAGCAAAACAAUUAGAAUCCACAGAAAAUGGAAGUAUACCAGAAUAUAACAAUAAUACCAUCAAGGAAGCAAAAUUGGCAAUAAUAGAUUUGCAAAAUCAUGCAAAUGAUUUACAGGACAAUGUAGAUAAAUUAACCAAGGAAUGUGACUCUUUACGAUUAUUACUCCCACAAGAGAAGUUAAAUAAUAUUUCAAUGGAACCAACAAACGAUUCAAAUGAGCCUGUAAAUGAAGAAUUGAUUCAUUUAAACGAAAAAUUUGUAAAUUUAGAGGUCAAGAAGAACGAAAAAAUUUCAGAGCUGAAUUCUGUUAUUGAAAAACAAAGUAACUCCAUUCAUCAGCUAAAACUCGAACUUGAAAAAUUUUCAAAUAGUAAGUUACUACUGCAAAAUCACGCAAAUGAUCUUGAACGCCAGGUAAACAAUGCCAGUAAAUCUGGAAAAUCGAUGAAAGAGGAAUUAGGAAAAGCCCAAAGAACGAUAACGGAAUUUCAAACAAAUGAGAAUGCUAAUAUUAACCAAAUUAACAACUUGAACAAUAAAGUAUCUUCUCAGAGGUUAUUACAGGAAACAUCUGACGCACGUUGUAAUAAAUUGACAGAUGCGAAUAGGUCCCUUCAAGGGAAGUAUAUACAUGCUUGUGAAGAAAAAAAUGAACUUAAAAUUCAAAUUGGAGAAUUAGAAAUCAAGUUAAAGACUCUGGAAGAUAUACAUACAACAUCCACUGACCAGUAUAACACUUUAAAAGGAGAAAUUGAACUAUUAUCAGAACAGACGAGCGAUCAACAGCAAAUGUUGCGCGAGUUAGAAGAAAAAAGAAGAACAGAAGUUCGAUGGUUUCAGGACGAAUCAACCACGAUGAAUAAUAAAUAUAUGGACUCUGAGACAACUAUUUCAAAGCUUAUAAAAGAAAAUGAGGAUCAUAAACACAAUCAAAUAAUGCUCAACGUCGAAUUGCAGAGUUUGAGGUCAACACACUACAAUUCUGGUGUAUUCAAUAUUGCAAAUAGUACAGAAAGUGUGACUGAUCAAACACCAAGUGACUUGUCCAGAGAGAAGGACAGUGAGGUAGGGGAUAUGACCACUCAAAAUGGUAGCGGGAACUACAGCCCAAGAAACCUGGAUUUAGGAUCCAAAAACCGUGAGUUAAUUUUAUCUCUUUCAGUUAUGAAGGAUCAAAAUAUUUCUUUAAAAAACCGCUUAACUGAAACUCAAAACAAAUUAGAACAAUCUCUUAAGGAAGGCAAUCACCAACCAGAAAAAUCCAAGAAUAUAGAUCCAGAAAACUUGUUAUUUUCGUCUGCAGAAAAAGAAGAUUACAUUAUUGACCAUUCCAAAGAGAACACUAACAUAUUAGAAUCACAAUUAUCUUUCGCCAAAGAACAACUUGAGAAUAUAUCCACUCAAAAUGAUUUGCUACUGGAGAAAUUGCACAAAAUGGAGUCAAUUGCUGAUAAUCGACAGAUCGACGACAUAUUAUUUUGUUUGAGACAUGAGAGGGACGACCUUCGUAAAAGGGUAAACAUUUUAGAGCGUGAAAUAAGAAUUCAAGUACAUGCUGCAAGUGAUAUACAAGAUACUAAUUCGCAAAUGAAUGAAAGUCAAACCAGCCUUAUAACCGAAAGUCACGAUGAGUUAGUGAAUAAGAUUCAUGAAAUUAAUCUCAUAAAUCAUAAGAAUGAAGAAUUAGAGAUUCAACUAAGAAAUUUAACUAAUGAACAGGAAGUCAACAAGAAUGAUAUUGCUAAUUUGAAAGAUCAAUUGGAACCCUCUAGAAUGGAGGUUCAAAAAUUAAAUGAAAUCAUACUAGAGAAAACUCAGAGUGUUAAAUUAUUGCAAGAGGAGAGUAAUAGAUGGAAAUUGCAAUCGAUGAGGUUAUCAGACGAAUCAAAAACAAAUCCAAAUGAAAUUGUUGAACUCAAACAACAAAUAAACAUUUUGGAUGCUCGUAUUAAUGAGAAAGACUUACAAAGCAAAGAAAUGGAUGCAAAAUUUGCCAGAUUAAAAAAACAGGCACAUGAAAGAUUAGACUCUACAAAACUUGUUGUUAAUCAAUUGAAUGAUGAAAUCAGCGCUUUAAAGUCUGAAAAAGAAGUCAUUCAACUUGCACUGGAGGACAAAGUUUCAGAAUCUGGAAAAAUGAAGCUAGAGAUUGAAGAACUAAAAAAAAUCGAUGUUUCAAACAGGUCGAAAGGUAAUGAAUCUAAUUUAUCUCCUAAUAAUGCUUCGAAGGAAUAUGUUGUCAAAUUAGAAAGGGAGAUAGCAUACUUAAAUGGAAAACUUGAGUUGUUUGAUGAAUCUACAAAAAGCCCUGACCUUAUCAAUUAUUUGGAAAGACUUGGCAUCAUUAAGAAACAAUUACAGAAAGAUACAAUAUCAUUAACAGCCGGAGAUCAAAGUGAUAAAAGCUCAGAUCUGAUGGAAGCAGAAGGUAAUCUAAGCAUUGAUAAAAAAUUCCUAGACAAAGAAAAGGAAAAAUGGGAAACUGAAACAUUAAAAAGGAUCGAAGAAGCCAAAGAUGAUUUAAAAAGGCAUCUAAGGCAACCAACAGAAGAGAAAAUCAAUAGAAUAAUUGAGAAAAGGAAAAAAGAAUUGCAAGAAAAUCUUGAGGAAAUGGCAACCGAAAAAGCAAAAUCACUUAUAUUAUCUAAAGAGUUAAAUCUAACAGCUACUGAAGUAAAGGCAGAACUAAAAGAACUUGUUGAAUCAGAGAUGCAAGAGAGUCUUGAACAAUUAAGAAAAAAAUCUUUUGAAGAGGGCAGACAACAAGAAUUAAUGAAAACAAAACUGUUAGAGAGAAAACUCUCAAAAUUAGAAGGUUCCCAGCCCACAACUACAGAAAGUGCAAAUCGUCACCAAGAAAGUAAUGAUGAUGGUUACAAACAAAUUGCAGAAAAUACACAAUUAGGAAAUGGCUCUAGCUUAACAAAUUUCGGAUUACCAGUAACUGCAAGUGGAAACCCUUUUACCUUUUCCACUCAAUCCUCGAAUUCAUCGUUAGGAACAUUCCAAACAGCCAAUGCAGGAUCUCCAUUCGGUAAUAAUAAAAUUACGAAUUUUACACCUAUUUUUGGCAAACCAUCUACAUCAUUUGGAAAUAACAAUUAUAAAUCCUCAGAAAUUCAGAACAAUACUGAUGCAAUCAAGUCAGAUUCUGAUACACUAAGUAAAGCAGACUUCAACAACCAUAAAACUUCGAGUUCAGCAGACUCAGAUGACACUGUGGAGAGACCGUUCAAAAGAAGUAGAACAGAAGAACCUUAA